GACCAGGUCUCAUUGAGAGAAUGCCUAGGGUGAGGAGAGGGUAUGCGCAUGUAGCAAACAAUAGAUACGAGAAAUGGCAAAUGUAUGCGAUCGGGGGAAGUGCCGAUCCAAUUAUCUAUAGUGAAGGCAACUACUUCGUUGCUCCCGACAAGCGUAGCAGUAAACAGGUGACGAAGAGAAUGACAACUGGAGCUGAUUCUAAAAAAUGGAAAUGGAGUACGUCUAAAGACGUUUUCAUGAAUGGAGCUUUCUUCGUGCCGUCUGGUGGAGCAGUCAAGCCGUUGUACAAAGGAGGAGAGGCGUUUCCGGUGGCCCACGGCUCUCUCGUCCCUUCUCUUACUUCCUCCGCCGGUCCUCUCCGUUGCUACGCCGGUAGAAUUUGCUAAUCAAUUACUCACCUCGUUUUAUUAGAAAACCACACACACACACACAAAAAAAAACAAUUUCUUCAUUAAACGAUAUGUAACUUUAAUUUUUGGUUAUUGCCUCACAGUUCGUUAAUAUUAACAGAAAAUUAACUCCCUUAA